AUGCGCAUGAAAUAUGUGCUGUGUAUUUUAGUGGCAUGCGCCAUAUUCGAUUUACUGAGCGCCGCUUCCAAUUCAGUGAACAUUUGCAGUGGCGUCAGUGAUAACGUGUUCUUGCCAUAUCUCGGCGAUUGUUCCAAAUACUAUGUAUGCAUUGGCGGUGCACCAAUCGAGCGUAAAUGUGACUAUGAUUUUCAUUUCGACGCCAAGGAGCAAAGCUGUACUUAUCAGAAUGUGGCGAAAUGUCUGCCCACCUGCACCAAUGCGCUAUCAUCCUUCUGCUACGAUCGCACCUGUACCAAAUAUGUGCUCUGCUAUGCUGGCACAGCAAUUAUACGCGAAUGCCGCGAUGGUUUGCAGUACAAUGCCGAGACAGAUCGUUGUGAUUUUCCACAAUAUGUGGAUUGUGUGGAUAAUAUGUGCACAUUAUUCAAUGAUCCGAAAAAUAUUACAUUCAUCAACAGCCAAGCGUCCUGCGAGAAAUACUACAUUUGCAUGGAUGGCAACGCUUACCCACUGACUUGUUCUAAUGGCCUACAAUUCAAUAAGGAUUGUGAUUGCUGUGAUUUCGUGGAGAAUGUUCAUUGUAAUUUAACUGCGGCGACGCGCAACAUCCUGUCGUAUUCAAAGAUACCACCCAGGCGCGCUGAUAUUGACUGCCCCGCUGAUGGUGCCAAUUUUAUUACACAUCCGGAUCCAGCCAAAUACUACUACUGCUUGAAUGGCAUGGGUGUUGUGCUUGAGUGUACGCCUGGACUACUCUAUGAUGCUGAGUUCGAAGAGUGUCGUGCACCAGAAAAUCUUUCACGUAAAUCUUAA